CCCUCGGCUCUUAUCUCUCCUCGGUGUGGCUGAGUGGUUGGGCAGAGAUGAGGGAAAGGUGAAGGCUCCGCCACCCCUCUGCUGCCUGGCUUACGGACGCGGUUCGCCAGGAGCUUUUGGGUCAUCCCUGUUUCAUGCGAGGUCUGGAACCGCGUAGGUCUUCACGGACUGGUUUCCACCUUGGGGUCCCCCAGACGUGAGGUGACCGCUUCGUGUGUUUGCAGGGUCGCAGGUGUUGUUCUGCAUCCAAGUGCCUGACCGGCCUCUGCUGCGACCUAUGACGAGCUGUUCUGUGGGGCAGAGGCAUCUCGCAGGCCACGCCCUGCGGUCUGUGGUCUCACUUAGGAGAUGAUGUGAGAAUGACCAUGGCCCAGGCUGGGGCAGUAGUUGCAGCUGCCGCGGGAGUGCUUAUGUUCUUCCUGUACUCCUCCAUUCACAAGGUUGAGGAGGGGCACCUGGCUGUGUAUUACAGGGGUGGUGCGCUUUUAACCAGUCCGAGUGGACCAGGCUACCACAUCAUGCUUCCAUUUAUUACCACGUUCAAAUCUGUGCAGACUACAUUGCAGACUGAUGAAGUGAAAAAUGUGCCUUGUGGGACAAGUGGUGGUGUUAUGAUCUACAUUGACCGAAUAGAAGUGGUGAAUAAAUUGGCACCGUAUGCAGUAUAUGAUAUCGUGAGAAACUACACUGCAGACUACGAUAAGACCUUGAUCUUCAAUAAAAUUCAUCACGAGCUGAAUCAGUUCUGCAGUGCCCAUACUCUCCAGGAAGUAUACAUUGAGCUGUUCGAUCAAAUAGAUGAGAAUCUGAAGCUGGCCCUGCAGAAGGAUCUCAAUGUCAUGGCACCAGGUCUCACUAUACAGGCUGUGCGUGUUACAAAACCCAAAAUCCCAGAAGCCAUCCGAAGAAAUUUUGAGCUAAUGGAGGCGGAGAAGACCAAGCUGCUCAUAGCAGCCCAGAAGCAGAAGGUAGUAGAGAAGGAGGCGGAGACAGACCGGAAGAAAGCGCUCAUAGAGGCAGAGAAGGCUGCUCAGGUGGCCAGGAUUCACUAUCAGCAGAAGAUUAUGGAGAAGGAAACAGAGAAGCGAAUUUCUGAGAUUGAAGAUGCUGCAUUCCUAGCAAGAGAGAAAGCAAAAGCUGACGCAGAGUACUAUACUGCUCAGAAGCUGGCUGAUUCCAACAAGCUGAAACUCACUCCAGAGUAUCUGGAACUAAUGAAAUAUCAUGCAAUAGCUGCAAACAGCAAGCUGUAUUUUGGUGACAGCAUCCCCACCGUGUUUUUGGAUACCUAUGCCUUCCAGCAAGCUGGUCUGAGGACUGCCCAAGAAACCAGCCUAUCCUCACAGGAGACCCCGGAGACCUCUGGAGAAAGCCACGUCAAAACCAAGGAAAGCACUGGCUGACCGACAUAGAAAGAUACGUGGUACAGCUCAGCAGCUAGCCCAGCUGUGAAUGGGGAUUGCCCUGUCCUGGUGGGGCGGAUGCAGCACGCGUGUGGACAUCUUGCAUAUAGGUGGCAGUUGGGUUGAUUUUCUUCUAGCAACACAUUGCAAGUGCUCUGCCUCUUCCGUUUCUUCCCCUAUUAAAUUGGUGCUUCCAAAUGAGGGAUAAUCUUGUACUAACAUACCUAUACUGGAAUAUUAAAAAGACAGAAACCAGGAAAGCCUUCCGCAGUAGGUGCAAUUCUUUAGCAAGCGUUACCCUUGAGGCAGGAGAUGUGGCUUUGAGUGCUUUGUGGCUGUGCACUGGUCGUUCCCCAGCCCUGCUUGCUGAGGCCAAGCAAAGACAUUUGCUUUCUCCUGUCAAUGAAGCUUCGUUGUGUGGACCCUGAGGCAGGUUCUGUUGGCGCUAUCUAACUCCUCGAGGACUCAAGUGUUGGCCAGCGGAGGCUGUGCUCCUGCUUGGGGAGAGGCCCAGAAAGGAGUGAUUUGGUUUGGAAAUUAUUUGACUAGGAUCUGCAUAGCCAUAACCUUUUUCUUUCCUGUAGGCAGUGGCACUAGAUAAUAUGGACUCGGCACGAGCAAUCUUAACAGGCUUUAGGAACUUCCCUUCUCCAAGCAAGAGCCUUAUGUUGGCUGGCCAUGAGUGACUGUAGUAUGCUUCAGCCAGGCAACUGGGUCUCACCUUGCACCCUAAAACAGGAUUCAAAAUGCAUGCAGCACCUCACAGCAGCUGAUUGGGAGCAAAGGGCCCAGAAUUUUGAAAUCUCUGCUCAGGCCUCAGCCCCUCUCUAGGUCUUUUCACCAUGGAAAGGGUGCUAAAUUUCCACCAGUCUGCCUUGCAAGCAAAGGGAAGGAAAAGAGAAGAGUGAGGAGAGCUGCAAGAUAUCCUUGGGGCAGAGGGAAGGAGUCUCAGUAUUAUCCUGCUAUUCAGAUGGCCGCCUUCUGUUGUGGACCACCACUGGGCAGAGAAUAGGUGCCUGGUCCCAGCCUGCCCAGGCUAGCGCUGCCCUGCGCUCUCCACCUGGCUCGUGCAAUUGACCCUGCUCUGCAGCAGAACAGAUGUUUGAUGCCUGAUCUCAAAGUAGGUGAGGCAUCGCUACUCCCCUUGAGAUUAAAUACAGCAGUGCAAAGUCCAUGGAUCCCGGAAGAAGGGGAACCUGCCUUGUGAAAUUCCUUGUGCAUCCUCAAGCAGUUCCAGUGGAGAGUCUGUCAGCAGUCUUACAGUUGCUGGCCAGGCUUUGCUUUGUCACAGGGCUUUUGACUCACAAGCCGCGCUGGCAGGAUGACCUUUAUUCCUGGCAUACAUCCUAUCGUGUCCAUUCCCUGCUCCCCCUGCACCAUUGUGGGGCGAGAGAAGAAAAAAGGUGAAUUCCUGGAGGGGGAAGUAGGGGUGGGUGAAGUCUGUUGCUAAUCUGCUCUCUUCCUCCCCGUCAUGCUCCUCUGUGCCUGUCGGGACUCGUGCUUGUUUCUAGGACCUGCUUCUCGUUGCGUUCUCUGACAGUCCCAGAAGAUGGUGACUGAAGGAGCACAUGGCAGGGGCUUGAUCCAGAAUGCCAUGCCCCCAGCUAGCAGCACUACAGCCCCGCUUGCCUCUUAAACCCGGUGCAUGUUCAGAGACCACCUCUCUUCCGUGAGCUUGGACGUCUGUAUGCUCAUCCUGGUUUUCUGUCCUCUCUGAUGCGGUCAGGGGAAGUGCUCAGCCCCACAGCGAUUCACCAGAAAGGCCAGUUGGUGGUGACUCACCCAAUGACAGGUAUUGAGCGCUUCUGUCCCUAGCGUUACCUGUGGUCUCACAGCAGGUGGAGGAACAUGCUUGGAGGUUUUCCCAUGGUGAAACAUUCAGCCUGAAGUGAACAGCCCUGAACUUCACCUCUCUUAGUAAUUUCCCUAGAAGAGUUGUGUGCGCUUUGGGCCUUCCAGUGCUAGUUUUGUACCCCAUGUGGCUCGUUCGACUUGGAGGAUGACAGUACCUCUCCUAGAGGGAAGCUCAGUAACACAGUCCUGAAGGUGCCUUACUCUGUCUCAGCUCCUGCCCUAGCUGUCUUUUCUCCCUCUCUGGGGCAGAGUGGGGAUGUUUUGACCCUUCCUCUCUUUCUUCCUCUGCCAGCCACAUGGGUGACACAUGCCUGUGGGACUUGCAGAGGGCCUGUAGUGGUUUCACAUGGUCUAUCCUCCAUCUCUCUGCAAAAUCCCAAGGCCCAGCUGAUGCUUGGCCCCAUGAGACAAGCUUUUCUUUCCCUGACAUGUGGCAGCUCUUCCUUACUUGGUUGUUAGCUUGCGCUGUAGCUAGUUGCUGUUCCCUGCUGCAGGCCCCCUACAGCUGCUGAAAUCCAGCACUUGAGCUCUAGCAAAGGGCUUGAAGUGCAGCUUGGAGACAGCUUACUGCAGCAAGAACGCAGGGUGCCUCUUAGAAAGCUGCCUGCAGCAUGCUCCGUGAGCAACUUUCUCUCUUCUUGCACAACCUGUUAGUCAGUAUGCUGUCUCCUCAAGGCACUCAAUGCAUAGUCUGUGGUUGCUUGCGGCUCCCUGGUUGCUCUCUGUGGUUGGUUAUUUGAACUCAGCCAUGGCAAGAGCUCAGCAACAGCGACUGACCUGCCACAGUGAGAGGCCAGCUAAAGGGGCCAAUUGCCUCUCCUGGCCUCGAGCUUGUAGUCAGGAGGUGUGCAUGCUCCCUCAUGAUGAGAGGAAAAGUGCUGCUGUUACCAGCUUUAGUGAAAGGCAGGAGGAGAGGUUUCUCCAGUGUGUGCUACACACAUCUAACACACAGAUGGAUCAUGCAGCAGCCUUUCACCUUGCAAAUCCAAGCCAAGGGGAGUGCAAAGCCCCACAGCUGGGCUUUUGCAAGAGGAGCUCGUGUUUUCACCUGCCAAAAAAGGGUACCCUCCUGGGUCCGAGCAGUAGUCAAAGGAUGCUGAUGCCUUGGGGUUGUUGAGUGCCCUGAGGCCUCCCCUCAGAGGCAGGGAAGCAGGGAAGGUGUCUGCAUGUUGCAUGUGAAAGAUCAGAUCAGCCAGCAGUAAGGGCAGAGCUGAAACCCGUGGCUGAUGGCAAGAUAGGAGGGGGCAGGCACAGCGUUAGCCGCGUGAACACCUGUACUGUUUAACCCAUCAAUGUACUUUUCAGGGAAGGAUACCAGGCCAGGCAGCAUGUUUCAUAGCUGUGGUACUUGAAGUGUCUCCUGGAAGUGGUGUUUGAUUAGCAAGAAUCCCUUUCCCCUGUGGUUUUUGAGGAGUCAGUGGAGUUGUGGCUGUUUGACCCUCCAGCACCUCGAUAUUGCUGGCUUGCAGCAGUAGCUUCAAAG